UAGAAAAAUGAAUUAUUUUUCUAUCGUUUUAUUAUUAACCGUGGUUUAUCGAGUGGAAUCCGGACAUUUUGACCGAUAUUCUGGAAAAAAGGUUGAAGUCGCUCAAGCUAAGGAGCUGCGAUUGAAAAAUGCUACAGAGCGAUGCUCGAUAGAAGUAAGACCAUGUACUCCCCACGAAGGCAGCCGGGUUGAUGGCACGUGUAACAACUACAAGUACCCAACCAGGGGAUCUGCGAAAGGACCGUAUCUGAGACUCUUGAAGCCAGAUUAUGCCAACGAUCGGCAUAUCCGCAUGAACAGACACAGCAAGCCGCUACCAUCAGCCCGGAAGGUUCGGACGGAACUGCACACCACCGGCCGAGUCGAAGAUAAGGUCACGUUCAAUGUGGCUGCUGUCCACAUGAUGGAGUUCAUUCAUAGAGAUAUCAGUGUUAUGGAUGGACCAUUGGACUACCUCAAGCGAAGACAGUACUGCUGUACACCAAUAGGCGACAAAGACCCGAGAUGUAUCCCCAUACAUGUGCCGCACCACGACCCCUAUCUCAAAGUGACUGAUAUUCACUGCCUCAACUUCUCUCGAGCGGAAACUUUCCAAGUCGCCGGCUGUACACCCGAAAUAAUACUUCCUGAACAGAUAAACUUCCAAACUCCAGUGAUAGACCUUUCAACAAUAUAUGGAGUAGAUGCGUAUGGACUGUCUAAAGUAAGAACAUAUCACCACGGCCUUUUGAUACUCGAGAACAGAAGUAACCGCUACGUGCCAGCAAACAUAACAUACAACAAGACUUACGUAUCAGCUGAAAUGUUACAAGAUAUGAAAAACAAUAUCAUUUCAAACAUAAAAGACGAUAUGAUGAUUAAACUAACAAUGACGAUGAUAAAUAAAAACUAUACUGUAGCUAAUAUGACGACCGAUUUGUUGGCCAACUUGUCGUCGGACAUGUUGGGCAGCAUGGCUCCUAAUAUGCCUAACAUGAUGCCUGAAAUCAUGCCUGAUAAUUACAAUGACAAGAUGCUAGAUUUGAUGCCAAACAUAAUGUCUAAUUUUACAAAGCAGAUGAACAUGAGUAGUCAGAUGUUGGUUAAUAUGACCGCUGACGUACUUGUGGACACCAUUGCAAAUAUAUUGGCCAAUUCAAUGGUCGACAUGGUAUCUAAUAUGGUGACAAAUCUCAUACCUAAUGCGACAGAGCAAGUAUGUUUACAGAACAAUGAUACUGAGACUUUAUGUUAUAAAUUCGGAUUCCCAGAAGUCGGUAAUUACGACCUUCGAACGACGGCUUUAACGAUAUUCUUUAUGAGAGAACACAAUAGAUUAGCUCGAGCUCUUCACAAAAUAAAUCCUUGUUGGAAAGACGACCGACUGUUCAAAGUAGCACGGCAGAUCAACAUUGCAACGGCUUCUAACAUCUUCAUGUAUGAGUUGCUACCUGCUUUAUUAGGUUUUAGAAACAUGGUGAACUACGGAGUCAUAUCAGAAAACGUGGAGCAUGUCACCACGUACGACGCUGAAGCCGUGCCCCUCGUGUACGCUGAGUACGACAUCGCAGUCAGAUACUUCCACACUUUCCUAGAAGGACGAGUUAAAACCUAUACAGAAGCCUAUCACUACAAGGACGAGUACUCCUACAGUGAAACUAUGUUCAGAUCAGGUCUUCUAGAGAAAGGAAAUAUUUUUGAAGAACUCAACCGAGGUCUCUUCCAUCAGUACGCUGCAAAAAUUGAUGACAUUCAGGAUCCAGAUAUUUCAGAAAAUUACUAUGGAAAACUCCAAAAAGCCCAUGACUUACCAGCUUUGGAUAUACAAAGGGGGAGAGAUAUGGGGGUGCGUGGUUAUAACGACUACAGGCACCUGUGUGGACUGAAACCAGCUAAGAAGUUCAGAGACUUCAUCGAUGUUAUGGAGAUCGAGAAAGUGGAAGCCCUAAAAAGACUGUACGAAAAUGUCGAUGAUGUGGACUUACUGGCUGGCAUCAUGUCAGAGAACCACCUCCAAGGCGUCCACGUGGGCCCCACGCUGUUCUGCAUUAUGACGAAACAGCUGCAGAUCUUUAGAUUCUCUGAUAGAUUCUGGUUUGAAAGAGGCGACCAGUUCCACAGCUUUACUUUGGAGCAACUGGAAGAAAUACGGAGGACCAGUAUGGCUAGGCUUGCCUGCGACAAUGCCGAGGGUAUCAAAUACAUUCAGGCUAAUGCUUUCAUGAAUGUCAAACCUGGAAACAUGCCAGUCCCAUGCACACACAUAGAGGGUCCUGAUCUAAACCUAUGGCGAGAUGGAAACUGCCAUAAGCAUACAAAAUAUAUGCACGAGGAUACCUACUACCCGUACCGUAAUAAGAACAAAGAUAGUUUUUAUAUAAGCAAUAGGGACACGGAUUCUGACUUCCCAGCCUUCUUUGAUAGCUUCCCGUCUUCUAAGCCUGGAACGCUGGAUAGUAUGUAAUACGUUACGCUAUGUAGUUGGGGAAAAAUACCGCCAUUAUAAAGAAGGGCUAUAAAACUACACUUGGGAGUAUAGAAACGGAGCCGCUAGCGUUUUUUCUUUUUAAUCUAUAUAUAUAAAAAUGGCAUUUGACAACGGUGUCACACCAUAACUUGAGAACGACUAGACCGAUUUGGUUCUUAUGACAGAAAAAAAUUCUGAAAAUCCUAA